GGGAUGUGGAUUGUAGUUAAUCGCUGUUAUCGUCGAACAUCGAUCGCCCAUCCACACAGCGCAGGACAUCGGCAUUCAUUCAUGUGGGUGUAGCCUACUGGAGACGAAGAUUAGUCUUGGAGACAAGAAAGAAGGGCGCGUGCGUUGGAAUCGGGGGCUGGUUAGCAUUGUUUGUGAUUGAACAUCAAGGUAUCGGGCAUUGAGGCUGGUGUGAUGGCUUGUUUGUACAGCUGCCGGCACCCGCUCUGGGGCGGAACGGGGACGUGCUCAGAACAGGAUGACCUUAUUGGCUACGAAUGCUCGUGCGAUGACGACGGAUUUACCUCAAUGGACUCGUUCGGGAACCCCAGCUGUGUGUUGAGGCGCGCUUUAGUGGCUGGGUAUAUCAUAAUUGCAGUAUGUGGAUCAAGCACGGUUGGCUUCCUGGCCUGGAAUGCAUUGAAGCAAAGCCACCUGCCAAGAACAGCUCAAGCCACGAGACGGGCUAUGCUACGCCUACGUCUGAUAUGGUCUGCCAGCGCCUACAGCGGAAGCGCUUCGAUCAUUUUCUGUGUGGCAGCAGCCGACGGCGGCCUCUACGCCAACGGAUUGAAGGCGCUGUGCAGCAUCACUUUUCCUCUGGUGUGCAUGGCGGUGGCACAUAUGAUCGACCUCUGGAUAAACACUCUCCCGACGCAGCUCGUACCUGCAGACAGCGUGGCUAUCAAGGUGAUCAAGCUGGCCGAGAAGAAAAAUCUCUGCCUGUGGGUGGGCUGGCUGGCUAUUGCUGGGCUCACGCCCUUCGGCCUCUUGACGUUCUUCGUCUUGGACGUCAUCAAGGUCGUGAGGGCCGUCAACCUGGUGAUCUGCUUCAACUUUGUCGGGGUCAAUCUUACCAAAAUCAUCAACGGGGCCAAGCGAAAUGCCGGGCCAUCAUCGAUAGCGUUCUACGAGCAAGCGAUACAUACCCUGAGGAUUCAAGUCUUCGCGCUCACUGUGGCCGGAGUUGUGUGGAUCGUCAUGGUGGUGGCCCUCGAGCCGUACCUAGGCGGUGUCGGAGCACGAACUCCAGUUAUCCCGUUCACGAUUAUGUUAUUGGACGCUUUUGUGGGGUUUAGCUUGGCUGUUCACUUUGCCAAGAUAGGCCCGACAAGCCGCCAAUCGUUCAACCCACUUAAUCAGCUGGGAACCCAGAUGAAUUCCGCGGCAUCGCCGUGGGGUGGGGCAAGAGCGAUACUGUCCGACGUCGGGGCCAAGGCCUCCGAGGUUAUGUCAAUGUUGGCGGCACCUACAGAGAAGCGCGUGGUGCCGGUGACGACCCCACCAAGAGGAUCCUGUUAG